AGUCGCGUUGUAUAACAUCACAGCUGAGUUGGAUGGUGAAAACAAAGUAACGCAAGCGGCGCGGUAUUGAUCUUGCUUGUGUUUACCAUGUCAACUGAUUCACCACGGAGACCCAGUCGAAGUACCGGUGGAGUGGUUGUUCGAGCACAGGCUGCCACGGAGCAAUCCUACAUGGAAAGUGUUGUUACCUUCUUACAGGAUGUUGUUCCACAGGCUUAUACUGGCACUCAAUCCACAGAAGAAAAGGAAAAAAUUAUCUGGGUUCGCUUUGAAAAAUGUGAUGCUAAUGAUAUUGCAAGGUCUCCUGAGUUCUUUGAAACACAAAGCACUGGCAAUGACCCUCCUCUGCUACUCAUGAUUGGCUAUGCGGAUGGCAUGCAGAUUUGGAGUAUUUCUAUAGGUGGUGAUGCUCAAGAACUUUUCUCUGUACGCCAUGGUCCAGUUCGAGCAGCAAGGUUAUUACCAGUUCCAUAUAUAACUUCUUUGAAAGCAGACAGCUAUGCUGAAAAGAGACCACUCCUUGGUAUAUGUAAAAGCACAGGUUCCUCAGGAACAACCCCUCCUUAUUGCUGUGUUGAUCUGUACUCACUAAGAACAGGAGAAAUGGUGAAGUCUAUUCAGUUCAAGACAUCUAUUUAUGACCUGCACUGCAAUAAACGUAUCCUACUCGUUGUUCUACAAGAGAAAAUAGCUGCAUUCGACAGCUGCACUUUUACAAAAAAAUUCUUUGUCACAAGCUGCUAUCCUUGUCCUGGGCCUAAUCUUAACCCUGUAUCUCUAGGAAGCCACUGGUUGGCCUAUGCUGAGAAUAAGCUGAUCCGAUGUCAUCAGUCUCGAGGAGGGGCCUGUGGAGACAAUGCUCAGUCCUACACUGCCACUGUGAUUAGUGCUGCCAAGACACUUAAGUCUGGUCUUACUAUGGUGGGAAAAGUGGUGACUCAGCUUGCAGGAACAUUGCCUUCAGGUGUUUCUGAUGAAGAAGUGACACAAAACAAUCCAGUACGGCGAAGUCCUUAUACUCCAGGGAUUGUUACCAUCAUUGAUACAGAGAGUGUUGGUGAAGGCCAGGUGUUAGUCAGUGAAGAUUCAGAUGGGGAAGGUAUUGUGGCCCAUUUUCCAGCUCAUGAUAAGCCUAUUUCGUGCAUGGCUUUCAAUCCAAGUGGCAUGUUGCUAGUUACAGCUGACACAUUGGGCCAUGAUUUCCAUGUCUUCCAAAUCUUGACUCACCCAUGGUCAUCUUCGCAGAGUGCAGUGCAUCACCUUUAUACCCUUCAUAGAGGCGAAACAGAGGCAAAGGUUCAAGAUAUUUGCUUCAGCCAUGACAGUCGCUGGGUGGUAAUUAGUACUUUACGAGGAACUUCACAUGUUUUUCCUAUUAAUCCUUAUGGUGGUCAGCCAUGUGUGCGAACACACAUGUCUCCCAGAGUUGUGAAUCGGAUGAGUCGUUUCCAGAAAAGUGCUGGCUUAGAAGAAAUAGAACAGGAACUGACAUCCAAGCAAGGAGAACGUUGUAGUCCAGUCCCUGCUUUAUCAAGCAGCCCAUCAGGAUCUCCACUUCAUGGCAAGUUAAAUAGCCAAGAAAUGUUUAACAACAUCACAAACAGUAACAUGGGAAAUCCUCGUCUCUCUCCUCUGCCCACUCUCACCAAUGUAGGGCCAUUGGCACAGAUCAAACAGCCAAUGACUCUUGGCACCAUUACAAAACGGACAGGACCCUACCUCUUUGGGGCAGGAUGUUUUUCGAUAAAAACUCCAUGCAAAACCAAACAAAACCCACAAAUAUCACCGAGUAAAUCCACUGGAGGUGAAUUUUGUGUUGCAGCCCUCUUUGCACCUUCAAGAUCUUGGUUUAUCACCAAUCCCAACAUGAAAAGAGAUAAAGAUCAAUCCAAGCAGUAUGUUGUGGAGUCAUUGUAUAUACUUAGCUGCUAUGGAAAUCUGGUAGAGCAUGUCCUGGAGCCUCGUCCAAUCAGCACAGCCCAGAAAAUCAGUGAUGACACGCCUCUUGAGCUUGUGAGCUGUCCUCGAGCAAGCUGGUCACUUGCCAGAACGCCACAGUGGAAUGAACUUCAGCCACCAUUUAACACAAACCAUCCCCUGCUACUGGCCUCAGAUGCUGUGCAGUACUAUCAAUACCUUCUAGCUGGAAUGCAGCCUCCUGGAAGCCCUGGUCCUAUGACCCGACAUGAGUCAUAUGACAGUUUGGCAUCAGAUCACAGUGGGCAGGAAGAUGAAGGAUGGCUGUCUCAGGUGGAGAUUGUCACACAUACUGGGCCACAUAGGCGGCUCUGGAUGGGGCCACAGUUUCAGUUCAAGACAAUUCAUCCUUCUGGCCAGACUACUGUGAUUUCAUCGAGCUCCUCUGUGCUGCACUCACAAGGACCAAACGAUGGGCAACAGCCUCUACUCGACUUUGUCACAGAUGAUUUAGAUCUACAUAGCCUGAGGAUUCAACCUGUACGUUCGGAGCCAGUCAGCAUGCCUGGAUCUUCAAGACUGACCACUGAUCGCAGAGGACAGUCCUCCAUUAUUGAUACAGGAUCAGGAACCUUUGACCGUGGUGUAACUAUGCUUGAAGUCUGUGGCAGCUGGCCAGAAAGUUUUGGACUACGUCACAUGUCUUCCAUUGACAACACAGAGGAAGGGCUUCGGGAGAGAAUUGCAGAUGCCAUGUCAGAGUCCCCAAGCCGGGAUGUUAUUGGUUCUGGGCCAGAGUUGCAACGAGAAGGAAGCAUUGAAACCCUCAGCAAUAGCUCCGGUUCAACCAGCGGAAGCAUUCCUCGCAAUUUUGAGGGUUACCGUUCACCUCUCCCUACCAAUGAGAAUCAGCCUCUAAGCCUUUUCCCCACGGGAUUUCCCUAAAUUAGCCAUCAAGGAAACUGCAAUUUGACUCUUGGAAAUUUCCUGCAGCUGGCUAGUGCGGCACAGCAUCCACUGGAUUGUCUCCGUUCAGAUUAUGUUAUUCACUACACCUCUUGUUUCUGGUAACUUUGUGCUGCCCCAAGAUUACAAGAUUUAUUUGUGCUCAGAAUAUUAGUUACACUGUAGCAAACAUGUCUAAUAAAGAAGAAAAUGUUGGCUUGAAUUAGACUACUAUACUUUACAAAAAAAUAUUUUGGUAAUUAUUUUUUGAUUUGUAAAAAUCCCCCUACUGUAUGCUAAGUAUGAAGUUUAUAACAUUUACAAGUGCACAUGAAAAGAGACUUAUUUGGAAGUCAUUUAGAUGGCUUAUUGGCAGUACUGUGAACUCCAGGCAGUCAAGCCAUUUAGACUGAAUGUUUAUUAAAGUAUCAGAGUAGGAAGUAGUAAUCAAAAGGUUGUAAUAAUGUUGAAGUGUAUAUCUUUUUUGUAAGCAUGCUUAGCCUACUCAUCUCAUUUUAAGUUUUAUGUUUCAGCUCUGUAGACUGACUUUCUGCAUUUGUAAGGAGGUUGUUUAGGAUGGCGAGGCUGGCACACUCUGUGUUAGGACUGUAUGCAGCGCUGAUGCAUACAGCAUGUGGAAAUUAAAGGUCAUACUGUAGGCUAUCAUGAUUUUAAAUACUACAUAUAUUAAUGAAUCAUUUCAUCUAAUUCUUUAUUUAAUAAAAUAAUAUGGUACCAAUAAA